ACCUCGCCCUCCUGCUGCAAUGCCAGCGGCGCGUCUGCGCCUCCGUGUGGGCUUCCUACCAGUUGCAGCCCCUCGCCAGCGGGACCUGCCUGGCGCCCCUGCCCGGGCACGCGGCCGUGCAGGAGCGCGCCGGGCUGAAGCGCCGGGGGCGGGAGCCGGACCGUAAGGCGGCCCUCUUCCAGGUGCGGGGAACGUUCCGCGCUGAGCACGCGGAACCCUGCAGCCCCGUGUGCAGGUGGACGUGCGACAACCCCGUGUGCGAGGCCGUCUGCGCCCCCGUCUGCGAGCCGCCGCGCUGCGAGACGCGCUGCAAGCCGUUCGACACCUCCCAGUGCCACGACGAGUGCAGCAGGCC